AAAGGUUUAUGGUUAGGUUGGGUAGGGACGUCCAAAGGAUACCAGAUAGUACUAACCCAAGACAAAUAUUUAACUAACGACUGCAUGAGUAACGUUAGCUACCAGAUAUUAAGUGCUAGAUACAUUCUAAUAUGAAAUGUUAUCCACGAUUUACGUUUGAUUACCUAUGAAGCAACAUCUUUUUGUUUCGCACAUUUUGAAGAGGUGAUCACUUACAGGUGACUGCUUGACUAAGAAUAGGGGCAUACUGCCUCUGUAUACAGUCGACCAUGGCUUCAUUGGGUGGCAGCAGUUCCUCUUCUACAGAGUACAUAGUCCGGGUCCCCAAGAACACCAGUAAGAAGUACAGCAUCAUGGCCUUUAACUCUGGGGACAAAGUAAACUGCUCCUCCUGGACCCAGGCUCGUAUGGAGCGGGACAUGAGUAACAGGAGGAUGUAUGGUGUGGAGGAGACUGAGGAGGGGGCGGCAGGCAGUGAGUUUGGGAAGAAGCAGAGGGAGGAGGCACGCAGGAAGAAGUUUGGAAUAGUCACCAGGGAGUUCAAGGUGGAGGACCAACCCUGGAUCCUCAAGGUCAACGGCAAGGCAGGGAAGAGGUUCAAGGGAACGAAGAAAGGGGGCAUAACGGAGAAUGCGUCCUACUACAUCUUUACCCAGUGUCCCGACGGGGCCUUUGAGGCCUUCCCCGUCAACGGUUGGUACAACUUCGUGCCCCAGGCCAAACACCGCACGCUGACCGCCGAGGAGGCAGAGGAGGAGUGGGGCAGGAGGAACAAGGUGGUGAACCACUUCAGCAUCAUGCUCCAGAGGCGCCUGCGGGAGCAGGAGAGAGGGCCGGACGAUGACGACGAGGAAGGCGAGAAGGGGGGGAAGAAGAAAAAGAAGAAGGGAGGAAGAGGAGGGGACCUGCGCAUCCAUGACCUGGAGGAUGACCUGGAGCUGAGCAGUGAUGAGAGCGACAGCAGCGGAGGAGAAGAUGGAGACAGCAAGCCCAAGAAGAAAGAGGGGGAUGUGAAGGGGAAGGGGAAGGGGAAGAAGAAGAAGAAGAAGAGGGGCAGUGACAGCGAGGCUAAUGAGGACAGUGACGAUGGAGACUUUGAGGGCCUGGAAGUCGACUACAUGUCAGAUGAGAGCAG